AGAAAGAAAAAAAGGAAACAACUGUAAAGAAAAUAAAAAGAAGAAAAAGAAAAAAAAAAUAGACAGAACGAAAGAAAGGAGAAAAAAACAAAAAGAAAGAAAGGUUGCCACGUGACACCAUAAAAAUGAGCCACGUGGCAUAGGGAGCGUUCUCAAAAUGAAAUUGCCCUCAGAAAGAAAAAUAAAGAAUCAUCAGAACCACGUUCGGUACAUAUCCAAAGUCACUACGUCUCUUUCUACUUCUUCCGACGGUCGUCUCCGAUUCAUCUCCGGUGCAGACUUCUCUUUCACUGUCUACGCCACCAUGCCGUCGUCUUCCUCCCAUACAUCAUCGCCGGAGAGUCACCGCCUCGAAGCUCUGUUAGCCUCUGUUCGUCCCUUCCUCCGCGGCGAUCUUGAAAAGGUAAACGCGAACCUUCCAUCUCUUAUCUCCGUCCUCCGCUCCGUCGGCGCCGGGGAGUGCUGGCACAAGCACGGCACCUUCCUUGAUCAUCUCGUUGAUAUCUACCGUAUUCUCAAAAUCUGGAAAGCGCAAGAACCGGUAUGUUUGUGCGGCCUAUUCCACUCCGCUUAUUCCAAUUCCUAUGUCAACCUCGCCAUUUUCGAUCCUUCUACCGGCCGUGAUGUUGUCCGCACCCAUGUCGGUGAGGCGGCGGAGAGAUUGAUUCAUUUGUUCUGUAUCGUCCCUCGGCAGUCACUAAUUCAUGACGAUCUUCUUUUCCACUACUCCGAUUCAGAACUCAUCGAUCACCUCAAAUUUUCCGAAAUAUCAUUGAGGAACGCCCUAGAAAACGGACAUUUCAACAACGAUGAAACCUGGAGGAAGAAACUACAGUCAAUUCUUCCUGCCGAUGGCGUAACCGUAAAGCACAUCAAAACCGGAGAAGACGUGAAGGUUUCGAGGCGAGUAGUUGCUAUCUUCCUCAUGAUGACAAUAGCCGAUUUCAGCGAUCAACUCUUCGGAUUUCAAGAUGCAUUGUUUGAAAACUCCAACGGACGUCUGGAAUUCACAGGUAACAAUUACACAUCUCUCUGGCCUGGAAAUGGAAAACCUGGACUAUGGAUGAACUCCGCAUCAAGAAUGGGAGCAAUGUACUCCCUGAUUGCAAGAGAGGAAUCCAUUUUAAUCGCACAUAGAAAAAGAACAAACGAAUUAGGGAUAAAAACUGAUAGAGACGAGGAUUUAGAUCUAGUAAUUCCCCAAAUUUUCUCAAACUGCACAAGAAUUCUCGACGCAAAUGAUCAAAUUACGGCCAGAGAUUUGUACUGGGAAGGUGUUUGUGAAAAGUCCGAAAGAACUGAGGAGUUGUUAUUGAGAUGUGUGGAGAAGAAUCCGUUUAUUGGGGAGCCACAUGUGGCAUUGGGGCAGCUGUAUUUGGGUGAAGGGCGGUUUGAGGAGGCUGAAAAGGAGGCUGAGGAAGGGCUGAGGCUGUUGCUGAUAUGGGGCAGUGCUUGGGACAAGAGGAUGCCAUGGGAGGGCUGGAUUGCUUGGGUGAGAGUGCUGUUGAUGAAGGCUAAAGAGAAGACAUGGCCCACCACAUCAUGGGGAAUCCUCAACUUGGGGCUUGUGAAGUAGAUAAAGUAAGUGAAUCUUCUCUGUUUUUCUCUUUGAAUUUGAUUUGUGUUCAUAAAUGGGUUUUUGUGCAGUAUCAUUUGUUUGCAUUUCUUGUGGUUAUAAAUAAAACUUAGGUGUGUCACACACCUAAACUUGAUUCAACUGGUUAAGUCAUGUGGCAUCAUUUAAAUCAAACUUCAAUGUUGAUUUGUCUAAGUGAAGUUCAUUAGCCAUAUUUCGUUUUC